AUGUACGGACAAAUAGGGGUUGUACCACUGGUUCCUUCAUUAGACUUUGUAGACGAUGAGGGUGCCAAAGUGGUUGAGCUGUCUCUUUUCUUUGUCUCCACUGCUUGUAUUGCAAUAUCCAUUUGUGUUCCUUUAGAGUUGAGGUCUGGGUUGUUGGCUACUUCAGUUGCGCUUAUUGCACUUCCGAUUGCAGUUAAAUGGGUUGCCCCUCAUUCAAAUGGCGAGGGUCCUGAGGUAUGGCUUAGGGAUUAUGCUGGCUUUGAUAGGGUGUUUUUUGGUGGGGAUAGUGCUGGUGGCAAUUUAGCACAUAACAUGGCAUCAAGGGUUUGGCGGGAGAUACUAGAUGACUUCAAUCUUGAUGUGAUUUUUCUCAAUUGUCCUUAUUUUUGGGGGAAAGAUCUAAUCAGUAUUGAGUUAAUGAAAUUACAGGCGAAGGCCUAUGUUAAGGGCAUUUGGCAUUAUGUUCACCCAAAAUUUACGGGGGUUGAUGAUCCAUUGUUGAAUCCUCUGAUGGAACCAAACCUUUCAAGUUAG